AAUCGAAUCUCCCGUGUGCAUCCAUCGAUCCACCACCUCUCCCGACGCUGCUCACUCGCGUACUACAGUACUCCUAUACUACUACACCGCGGCGCGUGCGGUGAAACGUGUCCCGUCUCCCCGAGCUACGUGUACGUGUUACCCACGCGCCAUGCGGUCCCUCGUCUCCCGCACCGCGCCCCCCGCGCGCCCGACGUCGCUGCGGGGCCGUGGCGCCGGUGCCGUCGCGGCUGGCCAUGGACAGGCCACGUUUGGCCGUCGCGCCGUUCACGGCGGCUGGCUCGUCGCGAUCCGUCUCCGCGCACGGUGCCGGUGCGGCGGCGGGACGGAGCCGGUGGAGGCGCGGAAGGAGAGGGAAGGAGGACCGGGGAAGGGGGAGGAGGAGGAGGAGGAGGCCGCGGCGGCGGAGGAGCUGGAGGUGCUGGAGGAGGAGGCCAUGGGCGGUGGCGACGAGGGGCGCCGCCCCACGGACUACGACCGCCGCGCGCACAUCUUCGAGGAGAGCUCCCGGGUGUUCAGCGCACUGAAGCACCGGCACGACGACGGCCACGGCGUGGACGGCGACCACGGCGCCGCGGCGGCUGAGGUGGCGCGUCACGGGGACACCGGCCGCUAGCCUGCUAAAGCGCAUCGUAUUGUACGUAUUAUUAUACAGUAGUAUGUGAUACAAUGUAAACGUAGUGUACAAAAGUUUUAGAAAAAAACGUUCUGUACUAAUAUACUGUAUGUACUCCGUAUAUAGUAGUAUCAUAUCACACCGCGAAACAUUUGCACCAGUUUUGUUUUUUUGAGCAAAAAACAUCUCCACUGUGCUUCUCCUCAUUUUAUCA